CCCGCCUCAGACGGAAGGUUGUGUCAAACGGAAAGUCACCUCGUCGUGUCAGCUAGCCGGUGUUAGUUUUUCCCGUGGAAGGUCGAUAGUAGGGCAGUAGCGUCCUACUAACGCAAAACUCUCCCGUUAUUUACAGACGACCAAGUAAUAUAGUUCUGUGGCUGCCAAAGCAAACACCAUCCGAAUUUACCAGUUAGCUAGCUAGCUAGCUUCUUUAGUCGCUUCUUUCGUACCUGAAUAUCUCCAAUCAUGGCUGCGCUCAGAGCGUCCUACCGUAGGAUUUUGGACAGCAUCGAGCAUAUGCUGCCCGCCAAACUGAGACCUUUGUACAACCACCCGGCAGGUCCAAAAACAGUUUUCUUCUGGGCUCCGAUGUUUAAAUGGGGUCUGGUUCUUGCCGGUUUAGCUGACAUGACUCGACCAGCAGACAAACUCAGUACCUCCCAGUCUGGAGUGCUGACAGCCACUGGGCUCAUCUGGUCCAGAUAUUCUCUGGUUAUAAUCCCGAAGAACUGGAACCUUUUUGCUGUUAAUUUCUUCGUCGGUGGCGCGGGAAUUUCUCAGCUGUACAGGAUCUGGAGGCAUGAGCAAGAUAAGAAGGCACAGGCUAAAGAAGCUGCUCAGACCUCCUGAGGAUCGUCAUCCUGCUACGUUACUAAUGACUCACUUGGAGACUCUCACAUAAUCACCAUCAUCCUUCUCCAUCCCACGUUGUCUCCAUAACUUCCUCACCAUAACCACCUUCCACCGCAUCAAGCCUCAUAUCCCUGCAGGAAAUAUGCACUUUCCCCUAAGUACCACAUUUCCUCAGGGCGUUAACAAAGAGAACAUUUUUUCUUAAACUAAUUAAGAAUGGUGAUCAUCAACGCACAAGUUCUACUUGCUCAUCAAGUUUUAUGAUUGUACAGCGUCUGACUUAACGUCAUGAUUUGUGUCUCAUUAGCUAGCUGGGAAAAGUUGCUUUUUCAAACGUUGUUCUUCAGGUGUAGUAAACUACCGCAGGCAGGUGUUUCCCAGAGGAUAAAAAUCAUAGCAUCUAGAUCUAUGUAGGAUGUGGUUUAGGAAAUGAAAUAAUCAAUUUAGUAAGAAUUUCAUCACAUAUUUUUUUUGGAGUCCAGACAACUGUACCUCAGCAGUCAAAUUAUCAUUGAUUAUCAUGUAUCCUUCCGUUUUAAUAGCUUUUUUUUUUAAUUUUAUCUGAGAACAAAUGUUUAUACUUAAAUUGUGAAACUGCAGCUCCCUCAUUGCAGCAAGUCCGUGAGUAAACAUUGGUACUUAUUCUAACAUAUUGCUGCCCUUUAAGUUAUUUUUGUGUAAAAUUGACACAAUAAUUUUGGUAUUUAUGUAUAAUCCCCAUAAUUUAGCAUUAAUUGUUUAAUUAUUCAGCAGACUGUUCAAAAGUAAACGACUGAGCCUUGAUCAUUAACUGAACUGUGUUGGUAAUAAAGAUUGUCCAACACCUUAA